CAUGUCGAGGAAACGCCAUUCUUCCACGAACAACUCGAUUGGCAUCUAGUCAGGGAUCCAGAAUGGCCAGAUCUACCCUCGGAAUCCGACAAUACACUAUAUUCGAACGAUUUGCCCAUGUGCCCUUCUAUAGCACGCUGCAAAUUCGGUUACCGUAGGGUUUUGCAAUUCCGAGGCUCCACUGUCACUCCACAGCUUAGCCGCGUCAAGUCAACGGCCAGCCGUGUGUCGUGGGGAAUCAAGAUACGCCUGGGAGGCAGAUUCCCGAAGCUGUGCCCCACCGUAGUCGAAGGCGGCAUUAGAACGUCCUCGUUGCACUGCAUUGGGAUUUUGCCCCGAGUGGGUGGUAUCCAGAACGGAUACCUUUUUGCAGCUGUUCAUUCUGAUCCGCCUAUGUAAUCUACCUAUUGCGGCCCGUGUCCAAGCAAUGGCCAAGACCC